CACACACACACACACACACACACACACACACAAGCUAUUAAAAGAGAGUUUCCCAGCUGAAUGAAGGAGGACGACGGGCUUCAGUCGGUUACAGGAAAGCAACACACAUUUGCACUGAACUCUGGUUUAACUCUUUACGCUCACUAGGGCGGGCAAAGGUGCGCUGCAACCGCCUCCUCCACUGGGGGGAUUGCUUUGUACCCAUUCUUGGCCGUCCACUUGGGAGACGUGAGUUGAGCGACGCGGAGAAUGAUGGGUGUCCCGUCCGUCAUGGUGCUGCCGCUGCUGAUCGUGCUGUUCGCCGGACUCUACUACCUCUACAACGAGGUCAUGCGCUUCAUGUCCAAGUCCACGGUGCGGAACCGAGUGGUGGUGAUCACCGACGCCGUGUCCGGGAUGGGAAGUGAGUGUGCCAGACUGUUCCACGCCGGCGGGGCGAGGCUGGUUCUGUGCGGGCCCAGCUGGGACAAGCUCGAGUCUCUGUACGAUUCGCUGAGCAGUGGAUCAGACCCCAGUAAAACCUUCACACCGAAGCUGGUUCUGCUGGACUUCAGCGAUACGGAGAGCCUGUCGGACUCGAUCGCGGAGAUCUGCGAGUGUUACGGGUGUGUGGACGUGCUGAUCUGCAACAGCAGCAUGAAGGUCAAAGCACCCGUGCAGGAUCUCUCCCUAGAGAUGGACAAAACCGUCAUGGACGUCAACUACUUCGGGCCCAUCACGCUGGCCAAAGGCGUCCUGCCGUUGAUGAUCACUAGACGGACGGGUCAGUUUGUGUUGGUCAACAGCAUCCAGGGGAAACUGGCUCUCCCGUUCCGGACCUGCUACGCUGCCUCCAAGCAUGCGGUCCAGGCGUUCUUUGACUGUCUGAGAGCGGAGGUGGAGGAGUACGGGAUCUCCGUCAGCACCAUCAGCCACACCUUCAUCAACGCCACGCCCACUGAGGCCACCGAAGCCCCGCCCACCAAAGCCCCGCCCACCAACCCCCUCUGGGCCUGUGAGUGAAGCGUCCGUCACUGA